AUGGAACGCCAGUUGGUUUGGCUUUCUACAGUCAUACUAAUGUGGUUCCAGGCAAUCCAGGGUGCUUACGGCCUUCCACAAUUUGGAAGCAAAUCGUCGCAGGCAGCCCCAGCAGCAGGAACCACUUCAUUCAAGACGCAGUAUCCUCCAAAUGCAGAUAGGAUUCUAACUCCUGCAACACAGGGGGUUUAUCACUUCAGCUUAGAACGUGACGGGCACCCAUCGCUGCAACCAUUCCCUACUGUCAUCUCAUAUAAGACGCCAACUCCAGAGACAAAUCCUUCAGGCACAGAAAUUCAUACGUCAAAGAGUCCUUUCAGUUCUGUGCCCCAGGUCGAUAACCCGGAUCCAGCUAGUUCAAGCGUGAGCCCAACGCUGCCGAGUUCUAGUUCAGACGCUGAAGGUCGUAAAGGGCCCGUUACACCUGUAGCUCUUUCGACCUCAUACCCGGAGAUUCCAGUGAAAGGCACAGAUACACCUUCGACCAUGGCCAGCCAGGAUGUGUUUCAGCCGAUCUCCUCGGAUCCCAUUCCAACGAACAUUCAGUCUAGAGACGACCACCCGGUCCCCAAGUUGGGAAUUGUUAAUGCCACCGGUCCCAUUGCAACAAACAAAUUCUACGCCGGAUUUUUCUUGGGAAAUCGGUCAUGCGCGACGUUUACUCACCCCUAUAGCAUCUCGUGGGCUCAAGGAACAGGAAACGCGGGAAGCUGGGGUAUAAGUGUCUCUCAUAUCGAAGCUGAACAGCUUGCCUUUGGUCAACCAAACCCGAAGAUUCCCGGGAGCCCAGCGAGUAACUACAUCAACCCAAUCGGAAUCCAGUCGUUGAUCUUGUCGGCUACAGAAUUGAGCAAUUCCACAGUACUCAAUGUUGAACAGCCAACCGCAUUCUCGGCUCAGAUCGUCCUGCGGCCCCAGAAUGGAUCCAGUCAGAGUAUCACAUUUCCCGUUGUCCAAGGUAUGGGAUACGUGACUGGAGUGUACAAUGACUUGCAGCCAAAUAUCCAAAGCAGCAUAGGCUUUCAAAAAGUGGUAUCAGCAGGCUCUCCGCGACCCGGUGUCUUCAAAUAUCGGGUAACAUUGGAGGACAAUAAAUCUUGGCUCGUGUAUGUCAUACCUGCCAAUGGAACAGAUCCUGACCUACGACUUGAGUCGAAUACCCUUCUUUGUGGGCCUAGUGGCUUCUCAGGGAUCGUUCAGGUUACCAAAAACCCUGCCGGCGAUGCUGGCGAGAAAUUCUUUGACAAUUCUGCCGGUGUCUAUCCCGUGACAGCAAAUGUAACUGGAUCGGUUUCAAACACCACCGGAACAUACAGCUUCAACUGGGAGAAAGCUGGGAAGGAUGCAUCGAGUACUCCUCUCUUGAUGUUUGCAUUGCCACACCAUGUCGAGUCAUUUGACGACAACACAAGAGCUCGUCAGAUUGCCCUUCAGCUUCGAACUACUACGAAGGGCAACGCCACCGCGGUGAUAGGAGAGAGUUGGACUAUGGUGGAACCGGAUCUUCCAGUGGACAUGGGGUUCGCACCCUGGUCUCCCACCCGUGGUAGUGUCACAAACUUUUCACCGGCUAUACAACAAGUCAUUCGUGAUAUCGCUCCCACCGAAUUACAACAGGAUAUGGACGCCGAGACGAAUCUCGAUAGCAUGUACUUCAGUGGCAAGGCAUUGAGCAAAUUUGCUACGCUGGUCUACACAGUCAACACGUUGGCGAAUGACCCUCAAUUGGCCGCUUCAGCCCUGAGUACUCUCAAGGCAUGCUUUGCUCGAUUCGUCACUAAUCAUCAAAAAUGGCCCCUGGUCUAUGACAAUGUGUGGAAGGGGGUCGUAUCUUCUGCCACUUACGCGACCAACGAUUCCGGGGUCGACUUCGGCAAUUCAUACUACAAUGAUCACCACUUCCAUUACGGAUACUUCAUCCACGCUGCCGCCAUAAUCGGCUCCCUCGACCCCAGCUGGAUUGAUGAGAACAAAGCCUGGGUUAAUAUGCUUGUGCGUGACGCUGGCAAUUCCGCGGCCAACGAUCCCUUGUUCCCGUUUUCUCGAGCGUUUGACUGGUUUCACGGGCACUCGUGGGCGAAGGGACUCUUCGCGUCCUGGGAUGGCAAAGACCAAGAGUCCACGUCCGAAGAUGCUAUGUUUGCCUAUGCAGUCAAGAUGUGGGGCAACACCAUCGGGGACAAGAGCAUGGAAGCGCGAGGAAACCUCAUGCUCGCGCUGCUCAAGCGAUCUCUGCGCAAUUACUUCCUGAUGGAGAGCACAAACACCAACCAGCCGGCCCAGUUUACCGCCAAUAAAGUGUCUGGCAUUAUGUUUGAAAACAAGGCGGACCAUACCACCUACUUCGGGACUAAUCUCGAGUAUAUCCAAGGGAUUCACAUGUUGCCAAUUCUCCCUUGUUCCGCUUACACAAGAAACCAGAAGUUCGUAACUGAGGAGUGGAAUGCGAUGUUCGCACCUAAUGCUUCAGAUCCUGCAUCAACUGUGACGGGAGGCUGGAAAGGUAUUCUCUAUGCCAAUCUGGCCAUCAUUGACCCAAAAACAUCCUAUCAGUUCUUCUCCCAACCCAACUUUGACUACAGCUGGAUCGAUGGCGGCGCCAGCCGGACCUGGUAUCUAGCGUAUGCGGCAGGUCUGGGUGGAUCUCCCUGA